AUGCACUCCGCCCACUACAAGCCGAAAAACAUCCUCAUCACCGGCGGCGCAGGAUUCGUACUACACCGUCGUCAACCUCGACAAGCUCGACUACUGCUCCAGCCUCCGCUACUUCGAACACGUCAACUCGCUCCCGACUUACCACUUUGUACACGUACGUCUCUCUCUUCCCGCGCGCCUUCGCGCCGCGUGCUCACCGGCCCCCUUUCGCCGCAGGGAAACAUCCUGUCCACCGAGCUGGUCUCCAGCAUCCUCGACCGCUACAACAUAGACACCAUCAUGCACUUCGCUGCGCAAAGCCACGUCGAUAGCUCCUUCGGCAACUCCCUCGAGUUCACCAAAAACAACGUGCUGGGCACGCACGUCCUGCUCGAGUGCUGUCGACUCAGGCGGAUAUCCCGGUUCAUCCACGCCUCCACCGACGAAGUGUACGGAGAAAGCGCCUCCAACAACCUGACCUGCGAGUGCUCGCUCCUCGCCCCCACCAACCCCUACGCCGCCUCCAAGGCCGCCGCCGAGCAGCUGGUCCACGCCUACUUCAAGAGCUUCAAGCUCCCGCUCCUCAUGACCAGGUCCAACAACAUCUACGGCCCUCACCAAUACCCCGAAAAGCUAAUCCCAAAAUUCAUCUGUCGCCUGGAACGCAACCUCCAGUGCUGCAUUCACGGCAACGGCUCCGCCCGACGCUGCUUCCUCUACAUAUCCGACGCCGUCAACGCGUUCGACCUCGUCCUGCACAAAGGCGUCGCCGGACACGUCUACAACAUCGAGUCCAAAGACGAGCUCACGGUCUCCGACGUCGCCACGCGGCUCCUGUCUCUCUACGGACUCCAAGCCCGCGCCGACCGGUACAUCCUCCACACCCCCGACCGACUCUACAACGACAUGCGCUACCAUAUAGACGGGAAAAAACUGCAAAAACUCGGAUUUGUCCAAAAAAUAUCUAUCGACGAAGGAUUGCGACUAACGAUCCAAUGGUACAAAAACACCAACUUAAACCUCGUCUGGCAAAACGUCGACUCCGCUCUACACCCCCACCCUAUCGCCAACGACUCCAAAGACCAAGGCAACCCCCGACACCGCGCCCUCCCCUCCCCCCCCGUUUCCGCACACACGACUUCGACCAUCAACACCUGA